ACUCCGGAAGUAAUAUUCCGCGCUUCCUCAGGGAUUGCCUAUUCUAAUACAUUCCCGGGUUUUUCUUUCCCGACGCGCACCUCGGCAUCCCCCCUUUGACAUAGAGUAGCUGUCGGUUUGUGUGCGCCGCGGGAGGGAUUUGGUGUGACCCGGCGGUCGCUGUUGACCCGGAAGUCAACUCCAGCCCUUCCUGGGAGGCGGGGGUUCGGUGUGAGGGAGGCGAUGGCUGCUGGGCGCAGGAUCCAGCUCUCCCCCCAGCGCUGAGCGAGGGUGGCUGCCCUCGCCUGGGACGCCACACGCAGUUGAGGUCCAGGAUGGCGGAGCUGAUGGCGGUGGGGGAUGGGCCGCCGCGGGGGCGUACGCCCAGGCCAGUGGUGGGGGGGAAGGGGGGCAUCCCGGUUCCCCCCGGGCCGCCGAGCCCCCGCCUGCCCGGGCCAGCCAGUUCCGGAGGGGGGCUGUCCCCGCGUAGCUCCGAGCCGCCCGUCCCGGACAGACCUGGCUCUGGCUCCAAGUGGAUCCGGCUCAAUGUGGGCGGCACAUACUUCGUGAGCACCCGACAGACCCUGUGUCGCGAGCCCAAGUCCUUCCUGUGCCGUCUCUGCUGCCAGGACGGGCCCGAGCUGGGCUCGGACAAGGAUGAGACGGGGGCAUAUCUCAUUGACAGGGAUCCCACUUAUUUUGGUCCGAUCCUGAACUACCUCCGACAUGGAAAACUCAUAUUAAACAAAGAGCUGGCAGAAGAAGGGGUACUGGAAGAAGCUGAGUUUUACAAUAUUGCAUCCCUUGUGCGUCUGGUGAAGGAGCGGAUACGGGACAAUGAGAACAGAACCUCUCAAGGGCCUGUGAAACAUGUGUAUAGAGUCCUGCAGUGCCAAGAGGAAGAACUCACACAGAUGGUUUCCACUAUGUCUGAUGGAUGGAAAUUUGAACAGCUAAUCAGCAUCGGAUCUUCCUAUAACUAUGGCAAUGAGGACCAGGCAGAAUUCCUCUGUGUCGUCUCCAGGGAGCUCAAUAACUCUACCAAUGGCAUUGUCAUCGAACCUAGCGAGAAGGCAAAGAUUCUUCAGGAGCGAGGAUCCCGGAUGUGAUCCACAUGUCUGGUUCUGUUAUACUUUGAGAUGUCAAAAGGGCAAUCUAGCUGGGCAGAGCAUUUCUCCGCAGUUCAGCCUUGCUCUUGUACAGUAACCGAGCUAACGCAAAGCAAAGCUGAGCCUGUCCUGCCAACAGAGAAUAAUUCUGGUCAAAACCAAAGGCUUCCCUCUAAUCCCAGGAAACAAAGGAAAGAAGAGACUCUUCCAGUCGGAUAGUCCCUUUUCCAAAUGUUUUGUUUUGUUUUUUUGGUCGGCGCUGUAUUGAAUUUUUCCAACAAUGGCUGGGCUAGAUUCCCUGUCAGAGCCUUUAUGAGGGUUGCUUGUGUCCAUGAGCCCUUGUAGUCAGCCCAACUUGCCAUGGGCUGGAAUAGGUGAAAGAGGAUUUGUAUUAGAGCUGUGCCAUUUUGCGUGCCCAGGCUUAUCAAAUAGGAAACUUGGAAGAUACCCUCCAGUGUUCCUCCCCACCAGUUGGCCCCAUACAAAUCAGUUGAAGAGGGUUUAGAAGUGAGUGUCAAAAACCAAGAACUUUGUCUCUUUUUUUUUUUUUUUAAAUACUGAAACUCUUUCAUUCUUGUUUGUAUUUGUCAAGUUCCUGAGCACUGAGUUAGAUACAAAAGAAGUCUAGUGGGGAGAGGACUUGUGUUUCUGUCUAAUGUGGGUCUUGGAGGGGGUCUACUGCUGGCACUAUUUAAUGUGGGCUCUUGGCAUAUCCCAAAGCCCAUUGCUCUUCACGCAUAUUUAAAAAUCUACAUUGGCCCAUGCUAGUGACAGAGUAAAUGGUUCUGUCCUUUAUUCUCUCCAGGUUGGAUGAGAGUGGUGACAGGGAUCCUGUCCCACUUCCCUUCCAGUCCCUUGCCAUAGAUCUAUUUUAGCCUGGCAUGACAUUACUUGAUUUACCAAGAUUAGGGACUUGUUGCUCCCACGUUCAGCUUUGCCUUGUUUGUCUCCAGCAGCACGGACUCCCUUGAUCUACUACUGUCUUCUCCCAGCAGGAGGAGUUAGGGGAGGCUUUAUUUUGUACUGUAGAAGCAGGUAGGUUUGUUUUAAAUCCAUCCGAUAGUUUGGGGCCCCAAUUGACGUAUGGCGAUUCCACAUCUGCAGCCCCCUCAUUAUCCCACCUUCAGUAGGUCAGCGCAAAGUACCAAGGGGCAUUGCAGAGACUUUGGGGGGCUUGGUGAAAGUUGCCAAAGUGUUGUAAUGUUUCUUGUCCAAAGUGAUGUGUCGACUUUUGUGACUUUUUUUGGAAUGCCUUGAAUGGACGUGCAAAUGUUCGUUUGUGCCUCUCUCUUUAAUUCUAAUCUUAGCCAAACUGGAGUCACUGAUCCCUUCAAUGAAUCUGUGCCAUCCCUAAGCAGUGACAUAUCCCUCCUAUUUGGUAAAUGGAAUUUCGUAGAAAUUUGCUGCAUGUUUUUUCCUUUGUUAUGGCUUUGUUCCUUGUAGGUCAGUGCUCUGGCACCUGGGCUUUUGAGUCGAAUCCCAAACUGUGGUUGAACCAAAGUUCCAGAUACAUUGGAAUUCACUGGCACUGGCAAGGCCAUAGUGGAAGUUCCUGGACUAGGCCACGAGCAUAGACUUCCUUGUUUGGGUUGAUGAGUGUGGGAUUCUCCCUGGAGGAAUUUGGGCUCACUGUGGUCUUGUCAAUGUUUUGUGCAUAGGGAAGUUUCCCAUCCUGUCUCCUCCUUGUUGACUUGAGGCAGAGGGCAGCGAGCAGUGGCUUCUGAGGAUAUGGAUGACCUUUUCAUUGAACAAGGUGCAGUAAAGAAACUCAGAGGGAUAUACCCCCUCACGCUCUCCAGUCCAGCUUUUCUCCAAACUGCUGUCAGUGUGCUUCCUGCAGUGGGGUCUUCACCUCUUUCUCAGGAAGGAGGGUGCUAGCUAGUCUUGGUAGCAACAGACUGUGCCAAAUGUCUUUGAACUCACAUUGUGUCAGUUUGGGGCUGUUAACAUUCAGUUGGUGUGGCACCAUACUCUAAAGUCCAGCUUUCUUGCUCCCCCGCCCUUUCUUUCCUGUCUGUCGUGGUGAAAUGACAUGGGUGUGAAUAGACUGGAUGCCUUGGCUGGGCCCAAAUAACACUGUGAUGUGUACAUAUAGCUCUUAACUAUGGGUAUCUUGUAGCCCCAGCCAUAGUCAGUUUGCGGACAGAGCUGAGAAAUAAAAAAAAAAUGCACGUAUGCAGUUCAGCAGCAUAAAAGCCACAUAUCACACUAGCCUUUGCACCAUCAUCUAUCUCACCACCCCCUCCCUACCACCCGGGAGAAUGAGAAGUUGGGAAUGAUCCGACUAACAAUAGCAGGAAUAAUUUAGCUGCCCUAUUCACGUUAUCAACAAAAAGCCUCUCUGACAUGUUGUUCAAGCUGGUGGGCAUGAAGCAAUGCUAGGUUUGCUUGGAGGGUGACAUUUUACCCAGUGCAGUUUGACAGAAUGAUACCCCAUGCCUGUGAAGCCCAUAUGAGGAGUGCCUGCUGUCAGAAUAGCUGUUUGAAUAGCCCUACCUUCUCCACACCCAACAGGAACGGUGCCAGUAAAACAAACCAGAAGAACAACCAGGUAGUUACAACAGGCCGUGACCACUUCAGUGUGUCCUGUUUAAGUUGCAAAGAAUUGAAUGUUUCUGCCAGAUACAUGGGGGAACAGACAAUAAAGAUUACAUUCUGUUCUCUCCCCCACUUCCCUUUCCAACCAGAAAUGUUGGUGGAUUUAAUGCCCCCCUGAAAUUCAAUUGACUGUUCUUGGAGCGAGUUGUUUUGUAGAAAAUGAUUUCUAUCAUUUGCGUCCCCACUGAAUCUCAAGAUUUUUGGUAAUAAUAGGGGACUGUUCUAGGCUUCUGGAAGGCUCUGGGCUCCUUUAGGUACAAAGACUUGCAGUCCAUCUAGAGAAGGAGGCUUUAGAGUUGCUCCUCUGUAACAGGGCGAAAGGUUACCUGUCGCAGACAGUAAAGUCUAAAGAACUCGUCUCACUUGGUUUCCACAUUACAUACCAGUUGCAUUGGUGCACUGCUGGAGAUGGGGCUUUCCGUUCCAUUGCCUUUAGUUCAGUCACAUCUCCUCAAAUGAAAGCUGAAAGAAAAAAAAUCACAUGAAAUCAGUCCUGUUGCCCCUCCUGGGCAGUAUAUUUUGGUACCUGGGAGAGGGGAGCAGUGGUAGGAGGUGUGAUGAAUAGCUGUGGGGUUUUGCAUCUUGGGAAGGUUCACUUUAAAGCAUUAGCUCUGGGAUCGGAUAGUGAGUUUUAUCUAAUUUCCCAGUGGCCUAAAUUGUUCCAUUAUGGUGAGACUGGAAUUAACCUUCUCUUAAAGUGUCUUUGUUUCUGCACAUUUUUAAAUCAAUCUUCUCAGGGGUGACUGAGUGGUCCGAGGGGAAGGGAGGGGGUCAGCCACAGGGGUGAGGGCACAGUUCCUCAGACCUCUGCAGCUCAGCCGUAGGCUCCUCACCCUCAGGUUUUGCCUGCAAACCCAGAGGUUUUGUACAGUUUGUCAUGUGUCAGUGCCCUUUGCUACUGUUUCUCUUUGUUUAUUAAAUGUGUUUGAAUAAUAAUUCAGAUGCUGUGAUUAAUUUUUUUCAAUAAAGAUUCUGAAAUGGGUUGGAAA